GCAAUAGUUUGCUGAUUAGCAUAUUUGUGUGUACAAGACUACAUGAUAGCUGAUUGCGGUGCUUAGUAUAAGUUGUGUAGUAGAAAGCUGUGUGCGAUUAUAGUGUUAUUUUUAUUAUUUAUUUAUUUUCCUUUAACAAAGAUGUCUUUCAAACCAAUUACACAUGUUUUAUUUGAUAUGGAUGGACUUAUUCUCAACACAGAAGAUCUCUACACUCUUGGUUUUCAGGAAAUCGCUUCUCGGUAUGGCAAAAAUUUCACGUUUGCGUUAAAGUGUCAAAUAAUGGGUCAACAAACUGCUGAAUUUGCAGCAUCAAUAAUCGAAGCUCUUGAAUUGCCACUUACAGUAAACGAAUUCAUAUUGGAAGCAGAGAAAAUAUUUAAUGAGCUUUUUCCAACGAGUACAGUGUUACCAGGGGUCGAAAAACUUAUAAGGCAUUUAAGUAAAUGCAAAAUUCCAAUAGGCCUAGCAACAAGUAGCAGGAAGGAAACAUACGAAAUUAAAACUACGAAUCACAAAGAAUUGUUUGAUUUAUUUCCUUAUAAAACAUUUGGAUCUUCAGACCCCGAUGUAAAGAAAGGAAAACCAUUUCCUGAUAUAUUUUUCGUAGCCGCAGCCAAGUUUCCCGAUAAACCCAAUCCGGAUAAGGUCCUAGUAUUUGAGGAUUCAAUUAAUGGCGUAAAAGCUGCGCAUUCGGCUGGCAUGCAAGUAGUUUUAGUGCCUGAUCCACGUUUAGACCGCUCGUUAGUACCCGAAGCUACUCUCAUCGUCAACUCUAUGGAAGAAUUCAAACCCGAACUUUUUGGACUACCCCCAUUUGAGGAUUAAGGACUACGAAAUAGAAUAUUUUAAAUUUUACACCAGAUUAAUGUGCAAUGAUCCAUUUCGAAUAGGUAAAUACAUAAAUAUACAUAAAGUGUUCAUAAAUGUUUUAAAUAUACCGUUUAUUUUUUGGUUAAAUAAAUUAAUAUAAAUAUCUCAAGUUUUCAACUUAGUGAAAUUCACGGUCAGUUAUUUGUAGAGUACUUCUUAACUGUAAAUUACGUAUUUCGAUAAUUAUUUUCGUUACGUAUAUCAUGCCAAAUUUAGCGUUUUGAUCGUCGUUAAUGUCGACAAUAGGUACAUCGUAAAGCUAUCGAUGGUUAUAAAUAAAUGUAUAAUAAUUAUAAAA